GAAUCAAGUGUGUACGAGAUAGAAUUACCAAAUGAUUUACGACAGCGGAGAGUACACCCGCGGUUCCACAUAUCGAAGCUUCGGCCCCACGUGCCGAAUGACGACGCCAAGUUCCCGGGUCGCGAAGCCAUGAGCUUCUACGACUUCGGGCAACCAGAUGAGCUUGAACGAGAAGUCGAGGAGAUCGUCGCCCAUGAAUGGGACGACGAUGAAAUAUUAUUUUUAGUACGAUGGACUUUCGGCGAUAGUUCC